UUAUUUCGUAACGAAGCAGUUUUGCAUUUUCAGCAAUACUCUGUGAAUAGUCGCAGCACCUAAUGUUAAAAUUUACGAAGUAAUGUUCGAGAAUGUUUUAUAAUAUGUUAUAUGGUUGAGGCAUAUGAAAUGAGUUGAAAAAUAUAUCUGUUUUCCAGUGUAAAUUGAUUGUGAAAAUAAACAUUGCCGAAUUUGUCGAUACAAAAAAUUGAUAAUCAUUUGUGUUCAAGUGCCGCAGGAUUUUCAAUCAGUUACACUUAGUAAAUAAUCGCGACUUAGCAAGGACCUUCAUCAUAAUCAAACAUGCAGCGCUGGUGGUUCCUAGAGGAGAAGGAUAGUGCUGCAAAUAGUACAACAUCUCUAUCUUCGAGUGCUAAAAAGAACAAGCCCUUGAAUGUAGCAGGAGAUCGAAAGUACAAGUUUCGUGUCCUGGUAAACUAUGAGUUGCUGAAGGAUGAAACGAUUGCUGUUACUGGAGACUGUGAUGCACUAGGCAAUUGGGAUUCAGAGCAUUGCAUUCAAAUGCAACCGGAAAAAGACAACACAAACGUUUGGUGCUUAGAAAUUGCUUUACCUCAUAACAUUGCUGUUAGCUACAGGUAUUUGAUAUGCUCAAUAGACCCCAUCAGUGAGAAUGUGCACGUGCGUCGUUUUGAAACUCAUAUUACUCCACGCAAGAUUCCAAGCGAUAGCGCUUCGAGUACAGCGGAACAGGAAGCGAAAAUAGACACACUCGGCGAUAUCGAAGGAUCGGUUAAACUGGACAAAGGAUGGUUAACAACUGAAACAAUAAUACAAUUCAAGUUUUUCAACAAUCCUUUUUCGGUGAAGGAACGUAUCAAGAAUCGGUUGCUUCAUGUAAAGAUAACCCCAAUGAACUUGCGCAUUAACGCAGAGUCUCAGCAUUUAACGAGUGUACUGGAGGAAUCAUUGUCUAAUGAUACGCGAGAAAACGGUACCGAACACCAGGCCUAUGCUUUCACCGAAAUAGUGUCUUUUCGGAAUCCCAACCCGCUUUUCGAGCAGCAAAGCCAGUUUGGAUGUCCGUACCAUACUGAUGAUUUCAUCAUUUUCAACGUGACGGUUGCUGAACCUGAGAAUGUUGCUUAUCUUGUGGACCUCUACGCCUACAGUUCUAGAUCGAAACAGGAUGAUCCACCGUAUCAUCUAGGCUAUCAUUAUAUUUUACCCAACUUUCUUAAGAAUUCUGAAGGAAUAUUGGAGCUUCCAGUGACUUGCGCCACCAAACAUCGACCGCUAGGCAUGAUGCGUAUUGAAUACCUAAAGGUUACACCAUUGCUAUCCUCCAAAUGCAAUCUGGAACGAUCCUACAUCCGCUACUGGAACAAAAGAUGGACUGGACUGGACGUAGGUCAUCGCGGUUCCGGAACGAGUUUUAAAACAAGCGAAGGUAGUGUAAUCCGUGAAAAUACGAUCGCCUCGUUGAAAAAGGCUGUAGCUCACGGAGCUGAUAUGGUUGAAUUUGAUGUUCAACUUAGCAAAGAUUUAGUACCUGUUAUUUAUCACGACUUUGAUAUUUAUGUCUCCCUCAAACGCAAAACAACUAUUGAGACGAACGAUAUGUUGGAACUACCAAUGCGUGAAUUGACCCUAGAGCAGCUCAAAAAUCUAAAGGUCUACCAUGUCGUAGAAGGUAGAAAUCGGGAAGCAAAGUUCUUUGAUGAAGAUCUAGAAGAGCAUCAACCCUUUCCGCAGCUAGCCGAUGCGCUGGAGUUAAUUGAUCCACACUGUGGAUUCAAUAUCGAGAUAAAGUGGUCUCAAAAGCUAAAAGACGGCAGGAUGGAGUCCGAUUUGCACUUUGAUUCCAAUUUAUACGUUGAUUGUAUUUUAAAAGUCGUUCUAGAAAAGGCUGGUACUCGUCGUAUCGUAUUCUCUUGUUUCGAUGCGGAUAUCUGCACAUUGCUUCGCCUAAAACAAAAUCUGUACCCGGUAAUGUUCCUAACUCUCGGUGUAACUAGUCGCUAUCCCAGUUACCACGAUCCACGGUGUAAUUCGAUUGAAAUGGCUGUGCGCAACGCGUACGCAACCGAACUAUUAGGCAUCGUGGCCCACACAGAAGAUUUAUUGCGAGAUCACUCUCAGGUCAAUUUGGCAACAGAAAAAGGGUUAAUUAUUUUCUGCUGGGGCGAUGACAAUAAUUGUAAAGAUACGAUUAAACACUUGAAAAACCUUGGAAUUCAUGCCAUUAUCUAUGACAAAAUGGACAUUUACUCAGAUAAGGCCAUUAAGGAAAGUGUAUUUUUAGUGGGCGCACGCGAGUCACAUGCAGCAAUCUUACAGCAGAUUGAAAUAGAACAGCGCCAUGAACAAACUACGCAUCAAGAGUCCAUCGAUCAAAACAAAGUUAUCGCGAAAGUCAACAUAACGGAUAUUGCUCCUGUAACAUUACGUCCAACGAAUUCUGUGUAAGCUCUAAGCAACGAUUUAACACCAGAAAUCAGAGAUUGAAGACAAUACAAAUUGCUGCUGCAAUAAAAACAAAAUUGAAUGUCAUGGAGGCGUUUGGUAUGUAAGGUAGAUAAUUUCAUUUUUUUAAUCUGAUUGCCUUCUUAAAAUUCUAUUGCUCUGAGAAUUUAUAACUGGUUUCAAGAAUUUAGUUUAUAUUACCUUAUUAUUAUUAUUGCUCAAGAAUGAUAAUAGAAACGGGUUGAUGAAAAUUUGUUAUAUUAAAGUUAUUUUCUAAUAUACUAUUAAUUGCCACUGCAGUUACCUAGUAGAAACUUAGAAUAAAUCUUCCGAAUAUAAAAAGCAUCAUAUCCAAUAUUCACUGUAUUUUGACUUAACACACUUAAAAGAGGCAUAUUUUGAUAUGAGAUUAUUUUUAACUAAUUUUUUUCUGCUAGAAAAUGUUC